UCACAUCACUAACAAUUAUCCGUUGCAUAGGAACGACGCCAUUUUUGAUGCCUUAUUUUGACAAAAUAUUGUUUACUUUCGGUUUUUUCACCAGUCUUACUCUCUAUCAUCUGUUUAUCGUUAGUUUGUAAAUUUAGUAAAAUGAUUUUGAUUACAGAUCCCGGAGUAGAAACAAAACAACCUAUCCCACAUUUAAUACAGCCACGAGAACACAAGGCUAAGAUAAGUGUAUGGGCUGAUCUGACUGUUGAUGAUAUAGAUAAAUUGAAUGAAUCAUUGAAUGCAGAUCACAAUAAACAUGUUUUAGCUGAUCUGUUUGAGUUAGAAGACUAUAAAGAAAACCUGAAGAGUGGUAUUACAGUAGAUCUGUAUUACUAUACGAUACAGUUUGCCAGAGAAAAUAAUUUCACGAAAGAAAAAACAUCAACUCUCUUCUCAAUCAUAAAGAAAACCCAUGAAGUUUGCAUUGAAACACCUUUUGGUAAUCUAGAACAAACAUUUAAAUAUUUUAAAGACUUGUUAUUAUGUCAUGCUGUGAAAAGACCACCUCAUAGUAUAGAUCUGUUCGAUGCAGAUGAAGUAAGAAAAAUAUCUGAAUAUACCAUUAACACAUACUUCAGACAUUUUAAAAUGUACAAGUAUGCUUUUACCCCAUUGGUGAGGUUAGAUUUAUCUAUGAAUUAUGUUGGUGUACCAGAUUCUCCACCACCAUCAGAAGCUGGUGAUUUAGAAGGCGAGCCAGAUGGGGAUGCAUGUGGUGAUGAAACUAAGGUAGAAGGAGAUGAUGGGGAAGGUCCUAAAGAAAAUGCCAGCAGUGAACAACCAGAAGUGAUAGAAUCUCCAGCGAGAAAAGAAUUAAGAACAAUGAUUCAAACAUUUUUGGCAGAGGAAAUAAAGAAAAUGAAAAUAUCUGUUGAUGAACAAAUUAAAACCACGGAAGAAGUCAUACAACAUAAAAUAGAGGCAGUUGAUGGAGGAGUUACAAAAAAAAGUCCAAGAGCCUCAGCAAAAGGGAAGAGAAAAGAGAAAAAUUAAUUUAACUACAAUUCCUCCGAGAAAUAUUUAAUAACUAUGAUAUAUGUACAUAUGAUUCUUAAUAUUAACUUUAGUAAAAUUUACAAAUUA